AUGGAAGGAAGUAUCUCAGAACCAGAUGUGCUUUCAAAAAGAUUAAAAUUUGCUUAUAGUGUUGGUCAUGUUCUAAAUGAUGCAACUUCAUCAAUGUGGUUUUCGUAUAUACUUCUAUUUUACUAUCGUGUUGUGAAUUUUACAAACGCAUCUGCUGGUUAUUUACUUUUAAUUGGACAAAUAACUGAUGCUUUAACAACAAUAUUUGUUAGUUUAGCAUCUGAUCGUACACGAACUGGUCUUUUUCACUAUGGAAGACGUAAAACUUGGCAUCUUAUUGGUGUUAUUAGUAUACUUAUUUCAUUUCCAUUUUGUUUUAAUUUAUGUAUUGGAUGUAAAAAUAGUAAACUAUGGGCACAAUUUAUCUAUUAUACAGUGUUUAUUAUUAUAUUUCAAUUUGGUUGGGCAUGUUCAUAUGUUACACAUUUAGCAAUGAUCAAUGAGCUGACACAAAAAGAUGGUGAACGUGUUGCACUUAAUUCAUAUCGUCAUGCUUGGGCUUUUAUAUCAAAUAUAUUUGUUUAUGUAAUGGCUAGUGUUUUAUUAGGUUUUUCUUCCAGUCUUAGUGAAUCAAGUAUAACAUCAGCUGAUGCACCCAUAUUUCGUAAAUUAACAUUUAUUGUUGUUGGUUUUAGUCUCAUUUGUAUGAUUAUAUUUCAUGUUGGUCUAAAAGAAUCUAAUCAAAUAACUGAACAAACAGAAAAUCGUUCACAACUAACAUCAACAUCUAGCAGAAUAUUAAAACGAAUGACAUGGAAACAGUUCUUACGUGAAAAAGAAUUUUAUCAAUGUACAUUUAUUUGGGUAGCUGCAAGAGUUAUUUUUCAUGUUACACAAGUAUUUCUUCCAUUGUAUACAAUUGAUACAAUCUUAACAUUAGAUCGAGUAUUUGUUGCUAUUGCUCCACUAUGUAUUUGUUUUGGUGGUCUUGUUACAUCUUUUCCUAUGCGUUCAAUAAACAAACGAUUAGGUCGAAAUCUAACAAAUAUCAUUGGUUAUGGUUUAGCAUUAGCUAGUAUGAUCUUAUUUUGGUUUAUUGUUGAUUUAAAAAGUAAACUGCAAAUUGAAAUAGCUCUAAUAUCAGCUUGUAUUUUAUUUGGUAUGGCUACAUCAGCAACAAGCAUUUGUUCUACUGCUCUAGCAUCUGAUUUUAUUGGUUUAAAUACAGAAUGUGGAGCAUUUAUUUAUGGAGUAAUGUCAUUUAUAGAUAAACUUGUUAGUGGUAUAAUUAUUACUAUUGUUCAACAAUUUAAUCCAUGUAAACUAUCUUCAACACACAAAUGCGCAUUAUAUUAUAGAUAUAUAGUAACAUUUAUACCGGCUGGUAUUGCAAUUUUAGCGAUUUUCAUGAUAUUAAGUAUAUGGAAAACAAAUAUCGGGAGUAAUCGCUAUGAAAUAAUUCAAGAAGCACAAAAUGACAUAGAGAUGAAAAUUAUAGUUGCAAAUAAGAAUGAACACAAUGAACGAAGUCCAUUAGUAGAUUGA